UCAAAACGAUCAAAAUAUCGUCUGCUAGAAAAGCGCUGACGUAAACAUUUGUUGUGAUCUGUUGUUUAUUAUUUAUUAAAUUAAUAAUAAUAAAGUGUUUAAAUAAUAUUGCAUUUUAAAAUGACGGAGAUGAAUUGGUCUUGGCAAUAUAGUUUUCCUCCAUUUUUUACUCUUCAACCUCAUUCCGAGACCAGAGAAAAACAAUUACUUGCGUGGAAGAAUUUAGUUUUAGAAUAUCACAAAGUUACAAAACAAGCAAUUGUAGAUAUUCGUGAAGUACAAUCGAGUCCAUUAUUUAAUAACACUGCAAUAAACAGAAAAUUACCUUCAGACGUGGUCCUUUUAAUAUUAGAGGAAUUAGCAAAAUCAGGAAAUGCCUGUCCUCUCGAUAAAACGAAACAAAGGUGGUUAGUUUAUUGGCAUACAUUAGAAGAAUGGGGAGAAAUUGUUUACAAUUGGGCUCAGGAAAAUGGUUUUAUUGGUUCCGUAUGCACAUUGUUUGAAUUAACACAAGGAGAAGACACUGUUGAUCAAGAAUUUCAUGGACUUGACACUGAAGUUUUAAUUAGGUCGCUAAAAACAUUGGAAGCUUCGCAGAAAGCUGAAUUAAUUAUGUUUGACGAUAAUCAAGGAGUGAAAUUUUUUUAAAGUUUAAAACAAAUCGAGAGUUUUUUGUAGCAAUUUUUUUUCUUAUUUAUUAAGAUUUUUAAAAUAAGUACAUAAAGAAUUAUUUAUGUUAUAAAAAUUUAGAUAAUGUAUUUUAAUAAGUUUAAAAAAAAAAUUUUCAUAAAGUUACAAUUUUAA